GGUUUCUACUGAAAUGAAAGUGAACGAAAUGAAAGAGUUGGGUCUUGUGUGGAGAAGUAAAGCAGGUCUCAUAAUAUCUCUAACAGGAGAGCAAAGUAAAUUUAUUUGGUUAUUAUUAUUAGUCGAGUGACUCUGGGGAUUAUUUACAGUCAUGUCAGAUGCUUUGUCCUUCCUGGAGGAGGACUUGACAUGCCUCAUCUGUUGUGAUGUAUUCACUGAUCCGGUCACUCUGAAAUGUAGCCACAGUUUGUGCUCUGAAUGCCUCCAGCGUUUCUGGAAAACUCAAGAAGUGCCACAGUGUCCGGUCUGCCGUAAGGAAUGCUCACACGACGAGCCCACCAAGAGCCUGGCAUUCAAAGCUCUCUGUGAAUCCUUCAAGACCAGAAAACCCACAGCUGUUUCAGGAGACGUUUGUCCACUGCAUAAAGAAACACUCAAACUCUUCUGCUAUGAUGACAAGCAGCCCAUCUGUGUGGUCUGUUACACUUCAAAGCAGCAUGAAAAUCACAAGUGUUCUCCUGUUGAGGAGGCUGCUGUGAAUUUAAAGGAGACUAUCAAGGAACAAAUAGACAAAAUGCAGGUGACCAUCGAUGACCACAUGAAAGCCAAAAAGAGCUGUGUGGAAGAGGUUGAGCUCAUUAAGGAACACACUAGUGUGGAAGAAAACAAGAUCAAGAAGGAAUUUGAGAAGCUCCAUCAGUUUCUUAGAGAUGAGGAGGAGAAACAGAUCAGAGCAUUGCGUAAAGAAAUGGAACAUCGAGAUGAGAAACUCAAGACCAGAAUAACGGGUCUGUCCAAAAAGAUAUCAGACCUGUCUGAGAGGAUGGCAGCUCUCUGGCAGCAACUGGAAGCUGAAAACAUCACAUUUCUCCAGAAUUACACUGAUGCAUUAAAAAAACUCAAAAACUCAUCAGUACCAAAGAUGACCCCUGUAAGAGAGGAAUAUCAACACCAUCCCAUUCAGACAAUGAUCUUCACCACCUGGGCCAGAAUGCAGAACAUUGUGGGACAGCCUCCAGUGACUCUUGACCCAGACACAGCCUCAGAUAAACUGAUGGUGUCACAGGAUUGCACCAGUGUUCAGUACGUGGAAAAGAGACUGAAAGUGUCUGACAACCCAAAGAGGCUGUAUGUGGGAGUGCUGGCCUCACAGGGCUUCAGCUCGGGUCUGCACUGCUGGGACGUAGAGGUGGGAGACAACAAAAACUGGACGCUGGGAGUGGUGGGGGAAACAGUGAACCGCAAAUAUCUUUACAAAAUGGAUCCAAUGAGUCGUUUUUGGUGUUUUCGUUACGUGGAUAGGAAAUACAAGAAAGGUAACAAACCUGCCAAAGAUAUUGAUAACAAUGAGAGGCCAAAUAUCAUCCGACUGCAGCUGGACUUUCACAAAGGAGUCCUGAGAUUCACUGAACCCUUCAGAAACAGAAUUUUGUGCACCUUCACCGGUGGAUUUCCAGAGAGGGUGUUCCCAUAUUUCUGCACUGGAGAUUUGAGAAAGCCACUUAAUGUUUUUCCGGCAAAUAAACAACAACUGUAAACCACAACUAACAAGACAUUUUUUUACACGUUGUGUUUUGUGCAUGUGCCAUGUUCCUUUAAAACAAAGGACAUUAGGUUUGAUAAUCUAUCAAAUGCCAUGCAUCAUGCAUUUCUAAGUGUGAAGUAGGGCUGCACGAUAUAUCAUUUUAGCAUCGAUAUCGCAAUGUGUGCAUCCGCAAUAGUGACAUCGCAGGAUGUGCGCUUUCUAGUCUAGUAUAGGAAUUGUUAAUCCGUACGCACCAGAUGCACCACAGUUCAAAACGCAUGUGAUUCUCGGAUUAAUUGCAAAGUUUGACCAUCAUACAAUGAACAUUUAUCAUUUGCACGUGUUUUUGGUCCUGUCAGUUUAAACAUUCAAGCGAUUUUAAACCAUUUGAGCGCAAGAUGGCGCGAAAGAGAGCUCAAUUCUGAAUGUGCAGCUGUUUUCUGUGCGCACAGAGCCACGCAGAUGCACGUGAACACCGAAUUCCUUUCCCUUCAACAUGUGCCCGAACGGACACAUACACGCAAAAAAAAAUUCAAAAUGCACAUGGAUGUGUAACAGUAUUUUGGAUCCGCGCAGUCAGUCUUAAAGUGACAGCAGCCUAAUAUUCCUGCUGCUUUCUGUGUUGUGAAUGUUAUUCAAACAACAAAAGACAAAGAGAAAAAUCACUUUUGUAGCUUUAACACAGAUUAGUUAUAUUUAAUUGACUAUGCAGUGUUAUUUUUCAUUUGAUAAUUCAAUUUCUGUACAUGAAUACUAUUAGACUUACCUGAAAAAUAUAAAGCACUGUUUAUUUCAUUAGUAUCUUUGUUCUAUUAUGUUUUUCUAUGCUUGUAAUUUGUACAUUAUUUUCUAUGCAUAUUCACUCGCCUACAAAAUCACCCCAAUGAUUCUAGAAUGAUUAAUUCUUUCCAAAUGGAGGUAUUCAGGUCAUCUGGUGAUUUAUUUUCCAUAUCGCAGAAUAUAGCACAGAAAAACAAAAUAUCACAGUGUCAUUUUUUUUUCCAAUGUCAUGCGGCCCUAGUGUGAAGUAUUCUAAUAAUGUUUGGGGCCACUGUAUGUUGUGAAGGAAAUUUUUAAUUAAUCAUUACUGACAUUCCCUUUUCUUGCAGGAUUAAAAUUUAUGCUUUUGAAUAGUAAAUGUUGAAAAUAGUAAAUAUUGAAAAUAUUUGCAUGAAAGUUUAUUGCAUAUAAUAUAAUAAAGAUGAAAAAAAAUCUAGAUAGUUGUCUGAAUAUAUAUAUAUAUAUGCUGAAGUAUCGAGGAAUCCAAAUUUGCUUUUACAUAGUAACAGAGAAUUAUACAUAUGAAGAACCAAUCUUAUUACAGAAAAAUUACGUAAUGAAUUGUGUCACCUUUGCCAUGCACUUAUUCUAUAUAAACUGUUGUACUCUUUUGGCCAUAAUUAAAGCAUAUUCAAAGGCA